UUAGGUGUCCAUGUUUCCUACUUGAACUAGCACCGAUUUUUAUUGAAACACUCUUCAAUUAUACGUUGUCCCUUUUCCUACUUGAACGAUGGUGAUAUUUCAUAUAUAGAAAGGGAACAAUUGAUAGUUGAGGUGCAUUUUGAUAAAUGAAUGAUAUUUCAGGUUGGAAAAGUGAAUACCUUAUCAUUAACCUAAGUGUAAAUCGAAGUUUUCUGAAAAAAUUAGCAACCAAUUACUUGAUUUACUUUCCAAUGAGGGUAGUGGAAGAGUGAUAACUAUUUUUUCAUCCUUAAUCAGAUAUCUGUAUUUAAGACUCUACUGAUACAAAAUUGCCUAUAUUAGAGAUGGUUUUCAUACUUCCAUUUAUAUAUAACCAUCUCUCAUUCUCAUAGUUCUUUUACUCUAUAGAAAAAAAAAGAAUCAAGUAAUACCAAUAUUAUAUUUUGGAAGAAAUAUUACAAUCAUGGCUACAGAAGUAACAGAGCUUCGUAAAACACUGAGGGUCCUGAUGUUCCCAUUUUUGGCUUAUGGACACAUCACUCCAUUUCUCGACUUAUCCAAGAAACUCGCGGAUAGAGGAUUCUUGAUUUGCCUUUGUUCUACGCCCAUCAAUCUCAAAUCCACCAAGCCAAAAAUCCCCGAAAAAUACUCUGAUUCAAUUCAGCUUGUCGAACUUCAUUUAGCAGAAUUGCCUGAACUUCCUCCUCAUUAUCAUACGACGAAUGGUCUCCCUCCCCAUCUCAAUCACACACUUCAAAAGGCCCUGAAAAUGUCCAAACCAAACUUCGCAAAAAUCUUGCAAAAUCUGAAACCUGAUUUGGUCAUUUAUGAUGUAUUGCAGCAAUGGGCUGAAAACGUAGCAAAUGAACAAAACAUUCCAGCAGUCAGGCUUGGGAUUUCUGGUGCAGCUGCGGUAUCAUAUUUUUUCAACUUAGUAAGGAAACAAGGCGUUGGAUUCCCUUUUCAUGCUAUAUACCUCAGGAAAAUCGAGCAAGUAAAAAUGCGCAAAAUGUCAGCAAAAUAUGCUAAAGAUAAACAACCUGAUGAUGUGGAUGUUUUUGUUGAUGGAAAUACAAAAAUCAUACUGAUGAGUACCUCUAGAACAAUAGACGCCAAAUACAUAGAUUUUCUCUCAGAAGUGAGCAAUUGGAAAGUUUUUCCGGUUGGUCCACCUGUCCAAGAUCCGAUCACUAGUGAUGUGGAUAAAGUGGAGGUCAUUGAUUGGCUAGGAACGAAAGAUGAGAAUUCAACUGUUUUUGUCUCCUUUGGGAGUGAGCAUUUCUUGUCAAGAGAAGACAUGGAGGAAAUGGCUUUCGGGUUGGAGCUAAGUAAUGUUAAUUUCAUAUGGGUUGCGAGAUUCCCAAUGGGAGAAGAGCAAAAUCUUGAAGAUGCUUUACCAAAAGGCUUUCUCAAAAGAAUUGGAGAUAGGGGAAGAGUUUUGGAUAAAUUUGCACCACAACCAAGAAUUCUAAAUCAUCCAAGUACCGGAGGAUUUAUAAGUCAUUGUGGUUGGAAUUCAGUAAUGGAAAGUAUAGAUUUUGGAGUUCCUAUUAUAGCAGUGCCUAUACGUAAUGAUCAGCCAAUUAAUGCUAGGUUGAUGGUAGAAUUGGGAGUUGCAGUGGAGAUUGUUAGAGAUGAUGAUGGAAAAAUUCACCAAGGAAAAAUUACAGAAACUCUUAGAGAUGUCAUAACAGGGAAAACGGGGGAAAAUUUGAGGGCCAAAGUGAGAGAUAUCAGCAAGAAUUUGAAAUCUAUAAGAGGUAAAGAGAUGGACGUUGCUGCUAGUGAGCUAAUUCAACUUUGUAAGAAGAGUAUAGCACAAAGUUGAAUUAGCUCAUUAGCAGCAACGUCCGUCUUUCACCUCUUAUUGAAAUAAUGUCAUAUGUUUGUAAUUCGAUUAACAUAAUUAUAUUAUCUGUGAGUGAUUUCUGGUUGAUCUUCAAAAUAUAUUGAAGUUGUAAUAAUAAGUAAAAAUAGAAUGCGACCUAU